GCAUUUUCGUAAUUUUGUGGGCGUCGAGAGGCCAUUUUCUUUGGAUUUUGAAGGCUACAGAUCACGGAUUCGGCCUGAGACUAUUCUUCAACGAUGACUAAGUCCAUUAAGCACCGAUUUGGGCGGAUUUAUUCCGGGUCAAUUUUUUGCAGAUUGCAAAGGGGUACCAUCACCGAUUUUGGGCGAUUUUUCCGAAAUGCCAUUUUCUUUCGAUUCUGGAGGCUACAGAUCACGAAAUCAGGCCGAGGCUAUUCUCCACCGAUAAUGAAGUCUAUUGAUCCUAUUCUCCACGGAUGAUAAGUCCAUUAAACACCGAUUUGGGCCAAUUUAUUUUCGGAUGGCAUUUUCGUAAUUUUGUGGGCGUCGAGAGGCCAUUUUCUUUGGAUUUUGAAGGCUACAGAUCACGGAUUCGGCCUGAGACUAUUCUUCAACGAUGACUAAGUCCAUUAAGCACCGAUUUGGGCGGAUUUAUUCCGGGUCAAUUUUUUGCAGAUUGCAAAGGGGUACCAUCACCGAUUUUGGGCGAUUUUUCCGAAAUGCCAUUUUCUUUCGAUUCUGGAGGCUACAGAUCACGAAAUCAGGCCGAGGCUAUUCUCCACCGAUAAUGAAGUCUAUUGAUCCUAUUCUCCACGGAUGAUAAGUCCAUUAAACACCGAUUUGGGCCAAUUUAUUUUCGGAUGGCAUUUUCGUAAUUUUGUGGGCGUCGAGAGGCCAUUUUCUUUGGAUUUUGAAAGCUACAGAUCACGGAUUCGGCCUGAGACUAUUCUUCAAUGAUGACUAAGUCCAUUAGGCACCGAUUUGGGCGGAUUUAUUCCGGGUCAAUUUUUGGCAGAUUGCAAAGGGGUACCAUCACCGAUUUUCGGCGAUUUUUCCGAAAUGCCAUUUUCUUUCGAUUCUGGAGGCUACAGAUCACGAAAUCAGGCCGAGGCUAUUCUCCACCGAUAAUGAAGUCUAUUGAUCCUAUUCUCCACGGAUGAUAAGUCCAUUAAACACCGAUUUGGGCCAAUUUAUUUUCGGAUGGCAUUUUCGUAAUUUUGUGGGCGUCGAGAGGCCAUUUUCUUUGGAUUUUGAAGGCUACAGAUCACGGAUUCGGCCUGAGACUAUUCUUCAACGAUGACUAAGUCCAUUAAGCACCGAUUUGGGCGGAUUUAUUCCGGGUCAAUUUUUGGCAGAUUGCAAAGGGGUACCAUCACCGAUUUUGGGCGAUUUUUCCGAAAUGCCAUUUUCUUUCGAAUCUGGAGGCUACAGAUCACGAAAUCAGGCCGAGGCUAUUCUCCACCGAUAAUGAAGUCUAUUGAUCCUAUUCUCCACGGAUGAUAAGUCAAUUAAACACCGAUUUGGGCCAAUUUAUUUUCGGAUGGCAUUUUCGUAAUUUUGUGGGCGUCGAGAGGCCAUUUUCUUUGGAUUUUGAAGGCUACAGAUCACGGAUUCGGCCUGAGACUAUUCUUCAACGAUGAGUAAGUCCAUUAAGCACCGAUUUGGGCGGAUUUAUUCCGGGUCAAUUUUUGGCAGAUUGCAAAGGGGUACCAUCACCGAUUUUGGGCGAUUUUUUCGAAAUGCCAUUUUCUUUCGAUUCUGGAGGCUACAGAUCACGAAAUCAGGCCGAGGCUAUUCUCCACCGAUAAUGAAGUCUAUUGAUCCUAUUCUCCAUGGAUGAUAAGUCCAUUAAACACCGAUUUGGGCCAAUUUAUUUUCGGAUGGCAUUUUCGUAAUUUUGUGGGCGUCGAGAGGCCAUUUUCUUUGGAUUUUGAAGGCUACAGAUCACGGAUUCGGCCUGAGACUAUUCUUCAACGAUGACUAAGUCCAUUAAGCACCGAUUUGGGCGGAUUUAUUCCGGGUCAAUUUUUGGCAGAUUGCAAAGGGGUACCAUCACCGAUUUUGGGCGAUUUUUCCGAAAUGCCAUUUUCUUUCGAUUCUGGAGGCUACAGAUCACGAAAUCAGGCCGAGGCUAUUCUCCACCGAUAAUGAAGUCUAUUGAUCCUAUUCUCCACGGAUGAUAAGUCCAUUAAACACCGAUUUGGGCCAAUUUAUUUUCGGAUUGCAUUUUCGUAAUUUUGUGGGCGUCGAGAGGCCAUUUUCUUUGGAUUUUGAAAGCUACAGAUCACGGAUUCGGCCUGAGACUAUUCUUCAACGAUGACUAAGUCCAUUAAGCACCGAUUUGGGCGGAUUUAUUCCGGGUCAAUUUUUGGCAGAUUGCCAAGGGGUACCAUCACCGAUUUUAGGCGAUUUUUCCGAAAUGCCAUUUUCUUUCGAUUCUGGAGGUUACAGAUCACGAAAUCAGGCCGAGGCUAUUCUCCACCGAUAAUGAAGUCUAUUGAUCCUAUUCUCCACGGAUGAUAAGUCCAUUAAACACCGAUUUGGGCCAAUUUAUUUUCGGAUGGCAUUUUCGUAAUUUUGUGGGCGUCGAGAGGCCAUUUUCUUUGGAUUUUGAAGGCUACAGAUCACGGAUUCGGCCUGAGACUAUUCUUCAACGAUGACUAAGUCCAUUAAGCACCGAUUUGGGAGGAUUUAUUCCGGGUCAAUUUUUGGCAGAGUGCAAAGGGGUACCAUCACCGAUUUUGGGCGAUUUUUCCGAAAUGCCAUUUUCUUUCGAUUCUGGAGGCUACAGAUCACGAAAUCAGGCCGAGGCUAUUCUCCACCGAUAAUGAAGUCUAUUGAUCCUAUUCUCCACGGAUGAUAAGUCCAUUAAACACCGAUUUGGGCCAAUUUAUUUUCGGAUGGCAUUUUCGUAAUUUUGUGGGCGUCGAGAGGCCAUUUUCUUUGGAUUUUGAAGGCUACAGAUCACGGAUUCGGCCUGAGACUAUUCUUCAACGAUGACAAAGUCCAUUAAGCACCGAUUUGGGCGGAUUUAUUCCGCGUCAAUUUUUGGCAGAUUGCAAAGGGGUACCAUCACCGAUUUUGGGCGAUUUUUCCGAAAUGCCAUUUUCUUUCGAUUCUGGAGGCUACAGAUCACGAAAUCAGGCCGAGGCUAUUCUCCACCGAUAAUGAAGUCUAUUGAUCCUAUUCUCCACGGAUGAUAAGUCCAUUAAACACCGAUUUGGGCCAAUUUAUUUUCGGAUGGCAUUUUCGUAAUUUUGUGGGCGUCGAGAGGCCAUUUUCUUUGGAUUUUGAAGGCUACAGAUCACGGAUUCGGCCUGAGACUAUUCUUCAACGAUGACUAAGUCCAUUAAGCACCGAUUUGGGCGGAUUUAUUCCGGGUCAAUUUUUGGCAGAUUGCAAAGGGGUACCAUCACCGAUUUUCGGCGAUUUUUCCGAAAUGCCAUUUUCUUUCGAUUCUGGUGGCUACAGAUCACGAAAUCAGGCCGAGGCUAUUCUCCACCGAUAAUGAAGUCUAUUGAUCCUAUUCUCCAGGGAUGAUAAGUCCAUUAAACACCGAUUUGGGCCAAUUUAUUUUCGGAUGGCAUUUUCGUAAUUUUGUGGGCGUCGAGUGGCCAUUUUCUUUGGAUUUUGAAGGCUACAGAUCACGGAUUCGGCCUGAGACUAUUCUUCAACGAUGACUAAGUCCAUUAAGCACCGAUUUGGGCGGAUUUAUUCCGGGUCAAUUUUUGGCAGAUUGCAACGGGGUACCAUCUCCGAUUUUCGGCGAUUUUUCCGAAAUGCCAUUUUCUUUCGAUUAUGGAGGCUACAGAUCACGAAAUCAGGCCGAGGCUAUUCUCCACCGAUAAUGAAGUCUAUUGAUCCUA